AUGGCAUCAGAGCAGGAAAGAAGUGACCUAAGCAAAAGAAAAGAACUAGACGAGAAGGCAAGGCAGGGAGAGGUUGUUGUACCUGGUGGAACUGGUGGCAAGAGCCUCGAGGCUCAAGAGCACCUUGCUGAAGGGCGGAGCCGCGGAGGGCAGACACGGAGGGAGCAGGUGGGUCAUGAAGGGUACCAGGAGUUGGGCCAGCGUGGCGGCGAGACUAGGAAGGAGCAGAUAGGCCAGGAAGGGUACCGUGAGAUGGGGAAAAAAGGAGGGCUCAGCACCAAGGACAAGUCUGGAGGAGAGCGUGCUGCUGAGGAAGGCAUCCCCAUUGAUGAGUCCAAGUACAAAACCAAGAGCCGCUGA